AUGGCAUCGACCGGGAUCGAUUACGGACAGCCACAAACGGGGGUGGGACAACCCGUUUACGGCGACGAGAAACAACAAGCAUAUAGCAGCGAGAAAGUCGCAGCGGGAGCUGGACAACCGGUUUACACCGAGAAAACCCCAGCAGGAUAUGAUGACGGGGAAGACGAAGUCAAUAUUUCUGUUCGAAGGGGUAGCAAAAUCGCUGGCGACAAUACGCAUCGAAAGUUAAAACCCCGUCAUAUCCAGCUUAUUGGUAUCGGAGGAACAAUUGGGACGGCUCUCUAUGUCCAGAUUGGCCAGGGACUUCUCAAUGGCGGUCCGGCUAGUCUAUUCAUCGCAUUCACCGUCUGGUGUACGUUCAUCCUCGCCGUGACCCUGUGCAUGGCGGAAAUGGUCACCUAUCUGCCAAUCUCGUCUCCGUUCAUCCGAUUCGCGGGUCGCUAUGUCGACGAAGCGUUCGGGUUCGCGGCCGGCUGGAACUUCUUCGUCUUUGAAGCGGCCCUCGUGCCGUUCGAAAUCGUGGCAUGUAACGUCAUCAUCAAGUUCUGGGACGUCGACGAUGUCGUUCCCGCGGGAGCCAUCAUUGCGGCUGUCCUCGUGCUUUACGGGCUAAUCAACGUCCUCGCGGUGAAGUGGUACGGUGAGACCGAGUUCUGGGCUGCUAUCGGUAAGGUCCUAUUGAUCAUCGGCUUGAUCAUCUUCACCUUCAUCGUCAUGCUCGGAGGGAACCCCAAGCGCGACCGAUUCGGCUUCCGUUACUGGCGCGAUCCUGGCCCCUUUGCCGAACUUUACAAGGAGGGUAACCUAGGCCGCUGGCUUGGCCUCCUCCAAUGUGUCAUCCAAGCUUCCUUCACGAUCGCCGGCCCGGAUUACGUGUCCAUGGCAGCAGGCGAAACGGAGAACCCCCGAGUCGUCAUGCCGAAAGCGUACAACGCCGUCUUCUACCGUUUGACUGCAUUCUUCGUUCUCGGUUCGCUUUGCGUCGGCAUCAACGUGCCGUACAAUGACCCGGAAUUGACCGCGGCGUUCAAGAAUAGCGAACCCGGUGCCGCCGCGUCGCCGUACGUUGUGUCCAUGAAUCGGUUGGGGAUUCCCUUCCUGCCGCAUAUCGUCAACGCAAUGGUCUUGGGUGCGGCCUUCUCCGCUGGAAACAGUUACGUCUACUGCGCCUCGAGAUCGCUUUAUGGCUUGGCGCUGGAAGGGAAAGCACCGAGGUUUCUGACGAAAUGCACCAGGGCCGGUGUGCCCAUCUAUACGGUCAUUGUGGUCCUUAUUAUUUCUCUGCUGUCAUUCCUGCAACUAUCAAAGAACUCGGCCGUCGUGCUCAGCUGGUUCGUCAGCCUGGUGACGGCCAGUCAGCUACUUAACUUCGCGGCCUGCUGUUGGACCUUUCUCGCCUUCUAUAGAGCCUGCAAGGCACAGGGUUUGGACAGAAAUAGCCUGCCGUACAAGGGCUUCUUGCAGCCAUAUGCGGCCUAUUAUGGGUUGACAGGCACAUUAGUAAUGGCCUUUGUCGGUGGCUACACUGUCUUCCUCCCUGGAAAAUGGGACAUCCCUACUUUCUUAUUCUCCUAUACCAUGAUCGGAGUUUUCCCUGUCCUAUUUAUCGGCUGGAAGUUGAUAAAAAAGACAAAAUGGAGGAAACCAGACGAGGUUGACCUUUAUGAGGAUUUGGACGAGAUCGAGGAAUACCAUCGGAAUUUCGUUCCGAUUCCUCCGAAGAACGCACUCCAAAAAUAUGCGAACAAGAUCUUCGAGUAA